AUGAUAACCCCAACGCCCAGCUUUACAAUUGAUGAUCUUCUUCGAGGCCAUUCGAAUGAAAUUCAACGUAUUCUAAAACUAGAGGAAUCGUCAUCAGCUUCAAAUACCAGUUCAGACGAAAACUCCGAAAAACCAUCCUUAUCAGCGUUAUCCCUCCCUAUAUCCAAUGAAAUCGCUCCGAAUAUUGCUCCAGCUCUCUCGGAUCAACUCUGGCUAGCCGCCGCCGCAUUUCCAAUCGAGCACAGUCUUUUGUUGGCUCAAAGGAACGGAGUAUUUCCUGGUUUCUGGUCAACUGCAGAUCAGAUUCGAUUGUCAAACGCUUCGAAAGCAUACAGAAGAUUAAGUUCUCGACGAAAAGCACGGACCGUGUUCAGUGAUCAACAACUUCAAGGGCUGGAGAGACGAUUUGAAUCACAACGAUAUUUGAGUACACCAGAGAGAAUCGAAUUGGCGAAUGCAUUGAAUCUGAGUGAGACACAAGUGAAGACAUGGUUCCAGAACAGAAGGAUGAAGCAUAAAAAAGUAGUGAGGAAAGAUGAUAACAGUGUUGAUGAUGGGAAUGAUAAUGAGAGUGACUGA